UCCUGCCCGCCCCCUCCGAACCUAGGCCCUGCAGCCAACGGCUCGCCCUGCCCCCUCCAGGACUGUAGUCCCGCCCGCCGCUGGGCCCGUCCCCUUGGCCCUCCCCUCUGAACUGUAUCUGAAACUACGCCCCUUUCCGCACCUUUCGCGGUCUGUGAGAGUCGAGGUUCUUGUUCUCUCUCCUGCUUUUGCAUCCUAACAGGGGGCUCGAAGCUCUCUCUUCUAGCAGACACCCCUCAAAUAUCUCAGAGAAGAAACCACUUUGCGUUGCCGGACUGGAAGAAGUAACGGUUCCUCUGAAAACAGUGGGAGAGCUGCGUCCCUGCGAACCUUCCCCAGGACCAAUUCCAUCCCAUGUAGUUUUGUCUGGAUGCAAAUUCAGUCGACGUAGGUGGUGGUUUGGAGACAGAAUCCUCUAAUGGAAAAGAUACACUAACGCAGGAAGGUGCUGGGGAUACUUCAGAGGUGAUGGAUACUCAGGCUGGCUCGGUGGAUGAAGAGAAUGGCCGACAGUUGGGAGAGGUAGAGCUGCAAUGUGGGAUAUGUACGAAAUGGUUCACAGCCGACACGUUUGGCAUAGAUACCUCAUCCUGUCUACCUUUCAUGACCAACUAUAGUUUUCACUGCAAUGUGUGCCAUCAUAGUGGGAAUACCUAUUUCCUCCGGAAGCAAGCAAACUUGAAGGAAAUGUGCCUUAGUGCUUUGGCCAAUCUAACAUGGCAGUCCCGAACACAGGAUGAACAUCCGAAAACCAUGUUCUCCAAAGAUAAGGAUAUCAUACCAUUUAUUGAUAAAUACUGGGAGUGCAUGACGACCAGACAGAGACCUGGGAAAAUGACUUGGCCAAAUAACAUUGUUAAAACAAUGAGUAAAGAAAGAGAUGUGUUCUUAGUAAAGGAGCAUCCUGAUCCUGGGAGUAAGGACCCAGAAGAAGAUUACCCCAAAUUUGGACUUUUGGAUCAGGAUCUUAGUAACAUUGGUCCUGCUUAUGACAACCAAAAACAAAGCAGUGCUGUGUCUACAAGUGGGAAUCUAAAUGGGGGAAUUGCAGCAGGAAGCAGUGGAAAAGGAAGAGGAGCCAAGCGCAAGCAGCAGGAUGGAGGGACCACCGGGACCACCAAGAAGGCCCGGAGUGACCCUUUGUUUUCUGCUCAGCGCCUUCCCCCUCAUGGCUACCCCUUGGAACACCCGUUUAACAAAGAUGGCUAUCGGUAUAUUCUAGCUGAGCCUGAUCCCCAUGCCCCUGACCCUGAGAAGCUUGAACUUGACUGCUGGGCAGGAAAACCUAUUCCUGGAGACCUCUACAGAGCCUGCUUGUAUGAACGGGUUUUGUUAGCCCUACAUGAUCGAGGAGACUCCGGUUUGGGGGGAGCAAUUGUGUCUGAGGGCCUCCAGCAAGUUGCAGGCCUCCGUUUUCAUCUUCACACUGUAGCUCCCCAGCUAAAGAUCUCCGAUGACCGGCUCACUGUGGUUGGAGAGAAGGGCUACUCCAUGGUCCGGGCUUCUCAUGGGGUCCGGAAAGGCGCCUGGUACUUCGAAAUCACAGUGGAUGAGAUGCCGCCGGACACUGCUGCCAGACUGGGGUGGUCCCAGCCCUUAGGUAACCUUCAAGCUCCCUUAGGUUAUGAUAAAUUUAGCUAUUCAUGGCGGAGCAAAAAAGGAACCAAGUUCCACCAGUCAAUUGGCAAACACUACUCUUCUGGCUAUGGACAGGGAGAUGUCCUGGGAUUCUAUAUCAAUCUUCCUGAAGACACAGAGACAGCCAAGUCACUGCCUGAUACUUAUAAAGAUAAGGCUUUGAUAAAGUUCAAGAGUUAUUUGUAUUUUGAGGAAAAAGACUUUGUGGAUAAAGCAGAGAAGAGCCUAAAGCAGACUCCCCAUAGUGAGAUAAUAUUUUAUAAAAACGGUGUCAAUCAAGGUGUGGCCUACAAAGAUAUUUUUGAGGGGGUUUAUUUUCCGGCCAUCUCACUGUAUAAGAGUUGCACGGUUUCCAUUAACUUUGGACCAUGCUUCAAGUAUCCUCCAAAGGAUCUCACUUACCGCCCUAUGAGUGACAUGGGCUGGGGCGCUGUGGUAGAACAUACUCUGGCUGAUGUCUUAUAUCAUGUGGAAACAGAGGUGGAUGGGAGGCGGAGUCCGCCAUGGGAACCCUGACCAGGUCCCUCUUUGCAGACAUGGACUUUCUGGGGAAUAAAUUGGGGAGGGGGCCUGUUUUUGUUUUUUAACUGUUGCAAACGUUCUCCCAAAGAUACUGCAGAACACAGCCUCUGCUGUUAGCAAGUUAAAAGUGUGGGUGAGACUGGGAGAGACUCCCUCCCCUUCAACACUUUCCCCACUUCUGGUGACUGCUUCUGUUUUGUGUGCCAUACGCCAACAACUGCUGACCCUAGGAUCCCAUGCGCUCCCUGUGAAACUGGUGCUGUAACAUGUAUCCCACCAACUGGGACUUGAUACCUUACUGUAUUUUCUACAGAGUGAAUCAUCUUGUCCAAGUAGCUAACUUAUUUAAAGACAUUUCCUUUUGUGGCAUUGACUUCAUCCAUCUGAUUUCCAAGGAAGUAAUAGGCCUGUUUCUGAGAGCAGCUGAAACCAGUGGCUGUACAUUCCAGAUCUAAAAGGUCUUUCCUUUUGGUGUGGGUUUUUAUUCAUUUUGAAACAUUUUUGAACACUGGGGUCUCUGAAACUACUAGGUCUCUAGAACUGUAAUUGUAAAAAGAACUUGCUUGCAGCUUUAACAAUUAGAAACCCUUCCCAAAUAAAACUUGUCUUCAA